GCUCAGCACUAGGUUCGAGGCCAGGGAGUUUGGGAAACAGAGUCGAGAGAUACCCUGACGGAGGGGCUGGGGGGCGUGGAAAGAGCAAGGCUGGUUGGAUCUUUUCCAACCUCUUCCUUCUACAGCAAGUCACUCUGCUGUCCUGGGGACUGACGCUGUCCCCAGCCAACCCGUCGGGCAGCCACUACAGACCCCCAACGGCACCCAUGUUUCAUCCUGGGCUACGGCCGUCUGAGGCGGGAGGGCUUGAAUGGGGUCUUCUGCUGCUGGUGCUGUAUUCGACCUGCGAACCCUGCUCUGCGUAAUGUAGUGCCAUCUUGCCAUACAAGCCAAGCCAGAGCCUCUCCCAAAAUCUGCACCUGGAGAAGCAUCAAGCCUGUCUUUGUUUCAGAAGAUAACACCCCGAAAUAGGAUCAAGGGAUAUUUAAAGGGUUAAGCUGAUUGUUUUUCUUAAUGCUCUCCCUAAAAACAUGUCUAAGCCCUCCCUCAUCACCUUCACCCGGGCCACCAACCCCAGUGAUCUCUGGAAAGAUGGGCAGCAGCAGUCACAGUCUGAAGAACUAGAAUCCACCGUGUUGGAUGGAGCUGCAACCCGGGCUUUCUACGAGGCCUUGAUAAGGGAUGAGAACAGUGCCUCUGAAUCCCAGAGAGCGCAGCCUGAGCCUACCAGUGUGAGAAAGAGGAAGAAAAGAAGAACUACAAGGGAGACCACUGCAGAAGCAGUGGUAUCAGGAACAUCCGAAGGACAGAGACAAAGGAGAUCCCGUGAGGCGGAGGACAGAAUGACGCGGCGGAUACUGAAGGCUGCCCAGGAGGGGAACCUGGCAGAACUUCGAAGGCUGUUGGACCCCCUUGAAGCAGGGGGAGCUGGGGGGAAUAUCAAUGCUCGGGAUGCUUUCUGGUGGACCCCUCUGAUGUGUGCAGCCAGAGCAGGCCAGGGGGCAGCUGUACACUAUCUCCUUGGUCGUGGGGCUGCCUGGGUAGGGGUCUGUGAGCUGGGUGGCAAGGAUGCUGCCCAGCUAGCUGAGGAAGCCGGCUUCCCUGAGGUGGCCCGCAUGGUCAGAGAGAGCCAUGGAGAGACGACGACGAGUGCAGAGAACCGGUCCCAUUCCCCUGCCCCCCAGUAUUGUGAGACCUGUGAUGCCUACUUCCAAGAUUCCAACCACCGGACAUCCACUGCUCAUUUGCUGUCAUUGUCCCACAGUCACCGGCCCUCCAGUUUGCCUCUUGGGGUGCCCACCUCCAGCCCAGGCUUCAAGCUGCUGCUGCGGGGGGGCUGGGAACCUGGAAUGGGACUGGGACCCCGGGGUGAAGGCCGUGCCAACCCCAUCCCCACCAUCCUCAAGAGGGACCAGGAAGGGCUAGGCUACAGAUCAGUGCUCCAGCCCCGAGUCACACACUUCUCAGCACGGGAUACUCGGGCUGUGGCUGGGAAGGAGAGAUCCCUUCGGGUAGCCACACUAAAUCGGAGGGAGGCGAGAAGGAAAGAAGAAAAAGACAGGGCCUGGGAGCGGGAUCUGAGAACUUACAUGAACCUUGAGUUCUGACUUUAGCAAGAUCUGAUCUGAGUUGGCUGCUGGUGUCUGAACUUGGGUCUCUGACCUGUGCACUUUGGCUUCUACUUCCUGGGUUCCCAAACCCUCAGGUUUAGGUCAAUGGGAUGCCAUGAAAGAGGGACUGAGAUUUGAGAAAUAAAUCAAUCUUUUCUCUC